CCGGGGUAGCUCGGGGAAACCGGGGGGUUUGUAGUUUAAUCGUGGUUUUGAACGCGUGCUUAUAACACGAGGGGAGGAAAUGUUUAGCCUCUAAAUCGUUUGUUUCUGACUUGUUUUGCCUGUGUGUGUGCACGCGCGCGCAUAUAUACAUCCUCCGAGAUAACGGCGGUAGCGCGCGCGUGCGCUACGUAAAGGUGAAAGACGCGUUUAGAAAUUUCCGCGUGCGGCUCCGUUGACGUGUGAAGAAGAGAAAGCGGCCUGCGGUGAGUGGAGAAAACGUCCAAAGCUCACGUUUGUGCUUUAAACAACACUGGGUUCGGAUCUCUGCGUUGUGUCUCGGAGCGAAAACCGAAUUCAUUUGAAGAACCCUGCUGACCCUGAGUUAACUGGAUCAUACAAAAAAGUUGCCAGGCACCAGUUGAGAUGAAACCUGAUGGGGUUGCUACAACUCCGGCUGAGCCAGCAGAAGUUGUAGUGGAGCCUGUUCCUGAAGUAGCUGCCAAUGAGGAGCAGGUCCAACAAGUUUCUAGCCCAUCAUCUUCACAGCUUGAGAAGCUUGAAAAUGAAAGUGAGCAGGAUGGAGCAACCAUAGCACUACCUCUGCCUGGAAAAGAGGUUAAUGGGAAAGUUUCAAAACCUAAGGUCAAGACUAAAGCCCCAAUAAAGGCCAUGCCUAAUACAGCAGGCACUAAAGCAACAACCACAACAGGUGCUGCAUCUCGCCCUGCUACAGCUCAAAGCCGAGUGGCCAAUGGUGUUACGAAGAUGGUCUCAAACAGUGCAAGCAAGAAACCGGAGAUGAAGAAAAGUACCACUGUUGGAGUAUCCCCUCAAUUAAAAAAAGUGCCCACUGCAACAACUGUAGCUCCAAGGACACAAGUGAAGGCAGCUGAACGUAAAACUGCUGGCUCUGUUAGGCCAGUAACUUCUACAAGCAGUGGGGCACGAAAGCCCACAGCAACCUCGCAAGCACUGAACAGUAGGCCGGUCACAGGAGGCAACAAUGCUGCAGUUAAACCCAAGACCACAGCUCCAAGGCCUACUGCUGCAACUGCUGCCAAAGCCAGUGUUUCAGCUGCUUCCAAAGCCACCACUAAACCCAAGGCAUCCAGGCCAACUGUAGCAACGUCUCGUCCCACCACUUCCUCAGCAACAGUUAGACCAACAACCACUGCUAGUAAAUCUACAGCCUUAAGAACAAUGGUCUCUGCUCCCUCUGGUGCCAACUCUGCAUCAGCAAAACCUUCCAAGGUCUCUGCUACUGUAGCAGCUAAAAAAGAAAUGAAAACCACCACCAGUGCAGCGGCCAGAAAACCGCUAGCCACUACGACUACAUGCUCUACAGCAACAAAGACCUCAAAACCUGCUGCAGCUGCCAAGCGAUUACAUACAGACACUAGAAUGUCUCAACAAAAAAUGGAUAAAGUGCAAGUACCAACAAGAAAGGUCCCACCAAGUCCCCGAAACAUUUCCUCACGCACUGCUUCAGGUAGAAUGGCUACAGAGAUUAUUAACCACAAGCAAGUAGUAAGUAGUAAUCAAGUCUCUGUGAAAUGUCAAACAGCCAAACCGACGCAGUCAGUUUUGCCAUUAGUCAUCAAAGGGAAGCCUUUAGAAGAACAAUCCUUAGUGCCUGUGGAACCCUCUGCUGUUCUAGAAACUGUUGCCAUAGCAGCUGUAGAAUCUGUGAUGGAAGCACAAGUUCCUUCUGUUGAGCUAACACAGACUGAUCAACAGAUCAGUGCACUUGUCGAAGGUCCGGAAGAAGGGGUGCAAGUACCUGCCCCAGAGCCUACAAAUGUGGACCCCAGUUCCCCCACAGAGAUGACAGAUGCUGAGCCAUUAGGUAUACAGUCAGAAGUUAAUGUACCUGUACUUGAAACCCCUAAUCCUCCAACUGUUGUACAGAAAUCUGAAAUUGUUCAUGACUAUACUUUGGUUGUAGCACAUGACAUGAAUGAGCAAGAACAUGUACCUGCUUCACCAUGCGAGGUUCCAGUUACUUCCCAAGUGCCUCCUAAAGACUCGGAGGUUGUUGAGAAACAAGAGCCGAUAAUAUGCAAUUUUGAAGAGGAAGAGGAGAGGGAGGGCAGUCAGCAGGUGUCUGUGUCUGACAUGAGUGGUACACAGCCUACUGAAGAGUCCAGGCCUGGUUCAGCUGGUCUGGCUGGUUCAUUAUGGCGAGCAGGAGGCCUGCCCUCUGAAUUUGACUCUGAGGAUGUAAGCUGCAGCCAGCAGGGGGCCUCAGAGCUUAGUGCUCCUGGUGUUUUAGAGGGCACUGAAAGUAUGGAUGAUCUAGGUGAGGCUAGCCUAAAAGGUGCUGAUGGAGAAGGUGCAUCAGCAGGAUCUCCAGACUUUGAGAAAUUCCCUGAUAUUUUAGCCAAUGAAGAUGAUGACGAAGAUGAUGAUGACCAUGUUGAUGAUAUGGAAGUUGGAUCAGAAAUGACUGAAGACCCACAUGGGCAAUGCAAUGACAAUGACGAUGAGGAUGAUGAUGUGGAGAUGGCAAGUGAGGGUGUCACAGAGAGUGGCCUUGAAAGUUAUGGAAAUGCAGAUGAAGAUGACUUUGCAGAAGACUACAGAUUGGACAACCUGAAUCGUAUGCAGCCUUCAUCCAUUGUUUCUGCCCUUUCUUCACCAAAUCCUUUUGCUGAUGCCUGGAUACAGUCACUUCAACCAGAUCCUAUCCUUGUCUCCAGUCCUUCUUCCAACCAUUGGCAAACAUACUCAGAAUUGCCAAACCAACCUGCUGCUCAAGCCUGUUUCGAUAUUGGAACUACCAAAACAGAUCUAUCCUCUCCAGCUGUUAUGGAUCCUGUUCCAAGCUCAACUCUGCCUUUCGCUGAGCCUACUUUAGAAUUGAUUGUGGGCCUCAAACAAGACUUGGCAUCCCAUUCCCAACUCGUUUCUCAGUCUAGCACUCUGCCUGACUCAGAACUAGCCAUCCAUACUCGUAGUGGUGCAAGCACACCUGAAGAGCUGAAAGACUACAGUAUAAGCCCUGGACUAGAGAAACAAAAACAGCCCUUACCGGUCAGCCCAAUUCCCCUUGCUGUGCCAGACAUUAUGCAAGACCAAGGAGUUUGCAGAUCUGAUACUGCAGGGUCUGAGCAUGAAGAGGAAGAACCUGAGACUCUUCCUGUAGAUAUGUUAGCAGGACUGUCAAAUGUGAUUUCUGCACCAUCCUCCCAUUCUUCUGCCAUAGGGGAUGAGGCUAGUGACACAGAUGGGGAUAUGCAGAUCAGUGACCCUACUGAGCCUGGUUCCACAGGAAAUGAGUGCUUUGAUGGCACACAAGUUGCUCACAGCAUGUUGGCCUUGGUGGAGGAAUGUGAGGAGGCCUGUGCUGAGAUGGAUGGAGGUGGUGGUGGUGACACACCUCAGUCUGCCACUUCAGCUACCUCCUAUGGUUUUGAGUGCACCACCUCUAACUCUAAUGCCCAGUCUACGACUGAGAGCUGCAUUAAAAGCCCAGGCAUUCUUUCUCUCGAAAAUGAAGAGCAGCUUCCAGAUGAAACCAAAGAAGAAUCACUUUUUAAGGAGCUGGACCAUGCACCUGCUGGUGCUCCUGCAGAUGCUGACCUCCUUGACCAGCAAGAGGAGUUUCAAAUGAAUUCAGGGCAGCAGCAUAUGUGUUCUUGGAAGGUCAGUGAGGAGUUGCCAGAGACUUGCUCACUAAGCGGUACAGUCCCCAUUGAGACAGGCUUGGAUAGUUCUUCCUCCUCUGAGCACCAACAAGACUUGGAUCUUGAUGCACCACAUUCCUACUACUCAACAAUAUGUGAAAAGACAGAUAGCUUCUUGACAGGAAGUCUCAUCAGUGUUCUGCAGCAAGAAAAGGUGCCCACAGUCAGCACAAGACCACCCAAGCCCCAUGGACUACGUGUCGAUCAUGUGACUCGUCUGCCUACUGAUCUUCCUCCGAGGAUGCCAAAUGUGGGGUGUAACACUCAACUCCGUCGGCUAGAACAACAUCAGCUGCAACUAGAGGAGAUUGAACAGCGACGAGAGAAACAGAGUCAAAGUGUUGAGACACAGAUAGAGAAAAGAAGGGUGAAGAAAAGUGAUGAGGGAUCUGGGGGGAGAGAAGUGGAGAGGGAGGUUGAACAGAAGAGCAGGGAGGAGAAAGAGAUGAAAUUGGAGGAACAAAAAAGGGAUCUGCUUCACCUACAAAUUCAACAGCAGCAGCAGGAGCUGAAGCAGAGGCAGCAGAUCAUGCAGUGGCAACAAGAGCUGGAACAACAGAAACAACAAAGUAAGCACCAGAAAAAUUUAAGUGCAGUUCUUCUCUCACCUUCUGGGCUUUGCACUAUCUAUGAGGGACUAGAGACCAGUGAUGCAGAGGAAGAGUUUGAAGACAAAAUGGAAGAGAAAGAAAUGGUGUUGAAAUUCAAGGUAGAACAUGAAUGUUCUCCCAAAGAGAUAAGUAGCAUCCCAGAGACAAGCUCCAGUUCAGAUAACCCAGAUUCUUCACAAUCACAGAGCACAUUGCCAUCUCCUAAUCCCAUUCUGGAUCAUGAAGGGUUAACUCACACUGUGACCAUGAACAGCCCACCUCUUUCUGGAACCAGCUCUGCCCAACAGCUUUCUAAUCUGGAGCUUGACUGGGGCAAGAAAGCUGACAUUGUCCAGCAUCUGAUUAACCAGACAUUAUUACUAAAUGGGGACAACUGUUCCCCGCUUUUGCUCCUCCCUGGAGGGGCUGCUGGGACACUGAGCCCACUGGAGACAAGCCUGUGGCCCAACCUGCCCCCUCUUACACCAACUUCUGCCACAGUGACUUCUGUUAGCAGCUACUCGGCUGAGCUUUCUGGAAGUUCUCCAAAGGGGGAAUGGACAGUAGUGGAGCUAGAGACUCAUCAUUAAGGCCUACUAUUGGGGUAGGCAGACUGAAAAUGUAUCAAGGGCAGCUAUAGUGUGUAGAGUGUGAAUGAAGAAUGAGAAUCAUGUGAUUUGUUUUUACUUUGAUUAAAAAAAAGAAUUCUACAGAACCAUAAAUUCACACCCAAGGUUAUUCAUAUAAAACUGUUGGUGUUGGUCAUAAUGCUGUAAUCGUACUCUUCCCCCAUGGCUCCACCUUUAUCCUACUGGAUAGCCAAGAAUUGACUGUACACUCCCCUGCCUCUGCCAGACGGCCAUGCCAUAUCGUGCCAUAUCGCACCAGCUCUCUCAGCAAGCCAUGAUUAGUUUAUUGCAAUCGUUUAUUGCAAUCAUUUACCUAGUUAGAGUAGAGUAGAAGGCACUACUUGCCUCUUUUUUAAAAACCAUGUUCUUGAUGGCUUGCAUUCAAGAAAGAUGGCACUAUUAAGUGCCACUAUUGAAACCUAAUUGAAGCCUAAUCAAUGUUUGCAAUAACGGCUAAAACAACUGAUGCAGGCCCCCCCUUACACUAGGUAACUGGUAACAGUAUGAAGAAAUUAAAAGCAUCAGCAAUACAAAAGACAAGGUUUUGUUUAGUAUACUAAUGAUAAUGGGGAAGGUUUAUAGGAAAUUGAUCUUUCAGAUGAAAUGUUAAGGUAAGUACUGUUUCAGUAGAUAGUAAUUUUCACUUUUUUUUUUUUUUAAUUAUUUUUUUUAUUUUAAUGAAGGAUUAGCAAAGUUCUUUUUGGGCAGGGGGGGGAUGCUAUUAAUAUCUCAAAUGAAGUUAUGGUAAAUAUGGUUAAUAUUUUUUAGCACGGUUUGACGCAAAAACUUGUUUGUGCUACUUGAACGAUUCAUCUUGAACUAUUCAGAUGCAUUUGAUGCACCAAACACUAUCUAAAGCCAUGUUUAAUCCCUCUUUGUGCCUCAUAAAUGUUUCCAAGACCAGAACGAUCAUUUUACAUGGUGUGAAUGGAUUUUGCCAUGUUGUUUAUCAUUCUGCACUGUGACCAGCAUGAUCAAAUUCUAUAAAAGGUCUUGUAAUUCAUCUUGUACUGCCCCUUUCCUGUAAAAUGUGUUGUAUUUGUACUUGUGAAUUUUUGUUUCCCAGGAUUUUUCACUAUUUAACUGUGCAUGUAUGUAGCAUGGCUGCUGUUUUGUCUGGCUACUGUCCUCAAAACAUUACAAUUGUCCCCUUAGUUCAAAAGGAAUGCUUCAUAAAAUUUGGGUAAACUAAAGGAUUGAGACUGCCUGCGCAAUGAACUGUGUGUAAAUGCCCAUAAAAGUAAAUCUAAAUUAGUGUAUACUUGUUUUCAGUUUGUCUAGGUAUUUGUGGAAACGUUUACAUUUUGUCUGACUUUGUGUGUUUUUUUUUUUUUUUUUUUAGUUCAAUUAAUAGUUUAGUCACUGAAUUCUGUAAUCAGGGAAUUAAGUCUCCAGGUAUAUUCAGACCUAUAACACUGUCAUCAGUAUGUGGAAUCAAAUUUCAUGUUUUUAUUAUUUAUUUUUUCAGGAUUAGUGUAAGCCAGACACACUGGACUUGUUCUUGUUUAUUUACUGUAAAUAACAUUCAGGGAUCAAGGAAAAAAUCUGAAUGAAAUUAAAUCCAAAAACUUGUAUGAACUGUGGUCACAUUAAGCACAACAAAUGUAAUUAUUAGUUUUGUUCUGUACUACUUUGUGUAUAUUUUUGUAAUUUAUUUUAAAAUGAAGGAAUGUAUUUUUGUAUUUAGUGUGUAGAUGUUAUCAAACCAUGGCAGCUGAAUUUAUCUUACAAACUGUUACUAUUUUUUUCUGUUUUGAUGCUGAUGGGGAAAAAUAAAACUGGAUUGGUAGAUGAUAA